GGAACUGAAGUAUUUGACAAACUGAAACUGCUGUUGACCAAGAAAAUAUUACUGAAUGACAUAAAGAAACUUUCACCAGAUGCCCAGACGAGUUGCCUUGAAGGCUUCCAUGUGACCUUGAACUACUAGCAUCCUAAAAUGACUUGUUUUACUUGGCUGGGGACUCUCAGCAGGUAUGCAUGUCUUACAAAUUAAUUUUGGUAGUAUAGUUAUGCUUUUUCUUUUUUGAUCGAUCAUUUUUUUAAUCCUUUAAGUUGAUAAUGUAGAUUGGCCACCAUAGAGAGAUCUAAAGCUUUCUUAGCUUUAAAACCACUUUACUGAGGCCAAUCUACAAAAUCAACUCAGUUAAUAAAACCAAAUUAUUUUGUGAUACUCCUCUACAGAUACAAAACCAGUUUCAUUGUAAACUUACCUCCUUUAUUUCUGAGGGAGUCACAUGUAAAAAUUUCAUGUUCAUGUCUCUGACUUAAUUAGAACAGUUUAUCUAUGGUUGGUGUUUCUUUCUUUUAAAUGAUUUCCAGUCAUUUUUGUGUAUGAAUGUAUAAAAUGGACAUGAAUUUGCUCAUCUCUAUAACUUUUUUUAAAAGGCACAUACUUGCAAGUUUGUGUUUCAACGAGAACCUACAGAGGGAAACACAAAGGAAAUUUGAUGGAAAAGAAUACAUUCGAAUCACUUACCCAAAAUUUAAAAUAGGAGAGGAAGUUGUGCGAGAGGUGGCAUGCCCACCUACCUAUAGUAAGAAUAAAUAUUACAACAGUGAAUUAAGUCUUAUUUAAAAGAAAGCAACUUGAUUAAUUUUGGAAUACUUUGCUUUACUUGUCAUAUUCUCUGGUAAAACCCCGAAACUCUUUUGCAGAGUAUUAUUUCUAGUUUGGCAUACCCUGAACCUGAACUAUUUACAUACCUAUAUAUAUAUAUUAUAUAUAUAUAUAUUUUUUUUUAUUAUUUUUUUUUUCAAGGUUAUGCUGAUGGCUAGAAGAAAAUUCUCUACACUUUUCCUAAAGAAAAGAGGGAUGAAAUAAUCAAGAAGUAUGUAUCAAGAACACCUGAGCCCCUCAAUCAGCAGUUUUCAAAAAGACUAGGCAAGGAGGAAGCUAUAGAGGCAUAUAAGGCAAAAAAGAAAAUGAAGAAAACAGCACUGCAUCCAGCUGGUUAG